CCACCUCCUCUGCAGCUUCCUCCCUCCCCUUCCUUCGUCUUCUCCAGCGCGCGACGCGACACCAUGCAGGACGGACGAGCGCCACGGAUCAAGAACCGCGCACCUGCCGCCAUCCAAGUCACCGCCGAGCAGCUCCUUCGAGAUGCCCAGGAACGGCAGGAAUCGCAGUUUCGCGCUCCGAAACAACGCGUCGAAGACUUUGAGGAGCUCCAUGAGUACCGAGGCCGAAAACGCGAGGAGUUUGAGAAGCGAAUCAGGCAGACCCGGGGUAGCAUGAAAGAAUGGCUUCAAUACGCGAACUGGGAGGCCAGUCAAGGCGAAUUCCCCCGCGCACGCUCGGUCUUCGAACGCGCGCUCGACGUCGACCCCCGCAGUGUCCAGCUCUGGCUCUCUUACUCCGAGGUCGAGCUCAAGAGCCGCAACAUUCAGCACGCGCGCAACCUCUUCGACCGCGCCGUCACCCUCCUCCCGCGCGUCGACCAGCUCUGGUAUAAGUAUGUGUACCUUGAAGAGCUGCUCGGGAACGUCCCGGGCGCCCGCCAGGUGUUCGAGCGCUGGAUGCAGUGGGAGCCGGACGACAAGGCGUGGCAGGCGUAUAUCAAGCUCGAGCAGCGGUACGACGAGCAGGACCGCGCGAGCGCGAUUUUCGAGCGCUGGGUCGCGGUGCGUCCAGAGCCGCGCGUGUGGGUCAAGUGGGGCAAGUUCGAAGAGGAGCGCGGGAAGCUCGACAAGGCGCGCGAAGUCUUCCAGACCGCGCUCGAGUUCUUUGGCGACGACGAGGAGCAGAUCGAGAAGGCGCAGGCGGUGUUCAACGCGUUCGCGAAGAUGGAGACGCGGUUGAAGGAGUACGAGCGGGCACGUGUUAUCUAUAAGUUCGCGUUAUCCAGACUUCCUCGAUCAAAAUCUGCCGCACUGUAUGCGGCGUACACAAAAUUCGAGAAGCAGCACGGUACGCGCUCCACACUCGAGUCUACCGUGCUCGGCAAGCGGCGCAUACAGUACGAAGAGGAGCUCUCCCACGACGGCCGCAACUACGACGUGUGGUUCGACUACGCACGACUCGAAGAGGGCGCCCUACGCGAUCUGAGGGAAGAGGGGUCGACUGGCGAGGAGGAGGAGCGCGCGACAAAUCGGGUCCGCGAAGUGUACGAGCGCGCGGUCGCGCAAGUACCGCCAGGAGGAGAGAAGCGUCAUUGGCGACGUUAUAUCUUCCUCUGGUUGUACUACGCGCUGUUCGAGGAGAUUGAGACCAAGGACUACGAACGUGCGCGGCAGAUUUACGAGACCGCGAUCCGGCUUGUGCCACACAAGCAGUUUACGUUCGCGAAGCUGUGGAUAACGUUCGCGCGGUUCGAGGUACGACAACUCAAGCUCCCCGCGGCGCGCAAGAUCCUCGGGACGGCGAUCGGGAUGUGCCCCAAGGAGGCGCUCUUCAAGGGCUACAUCCAGCUCGAGUUCGACCUGCGUGAAUUCGACCGUGUCCGGACGCUAUACGAGAAGUACCUUGAGUGGGACCCCUCAAACUCGGCCGCGUGGAUCAAGUACGCGGAGCUCGAGACGCAGCUCGAGGACUUUGCGCGCGUACGUGCGAUCUUCGAGCUCGGUGUUGCUCAGUCCGCGCUCUCGAUGCCCGAGUUGCUCUGGAAGGCGUACAUCGACUUCGAGACGGAGGAGGGCGAACGCGAACGCGCGCGCGCGCUGUACGAGCGUCUCGUUCAAGCAAGCGGGCACGUCAAGGUCUGGAUCUCGUACGCGACGUUCGAGGCGGAGCCGAUUCCCGUCGCGCGGGCGCAGCGCGAGGAACAGGAGGACGAGGAUGAAGACGAGGUGCCGAUGGUCGAGGGCGACCCUGUCCGCGCGCGGCAAAUCUUCGACCGCGCAUACAAGGACUUGAAGGGCAAGGGUCUUAAGCACGAGCGCGUCGUCCUCCUUGAGAUAUGGAAGGCAUUCGAGGAGAAGUACGGCGCGGCGGAAGACGUGGUGAAGGUGCAGGGCAUGAUGCCCAUUACGAGCAAACGGCGCAUCGUCGACAAGGAGACGGGCCAGACGGUCGAAGACUGGGACAUCGUUUUCGCGGACGACGAGCGCGAGGCGAACCCGACAACCUUCAAGUUCCUCCAAAUGGCGCACGCGUGGAAGGCCAUGCAAGCGAAGGGCGCCGGCGCGUCGACGAACGUCCUCUCCGGGUUCGCCGCAGCCGCCGCCGCCAACGCGAGUGCGAAGGAAACCGCGGAGGCAGAGGCGUCCGGCGCGCGAGAGAGCAGCCGUCCGAACCGGGCGAGGGCAGAGGACGAUGCGAACAGCGACGUCGCGAGCUCGAAUGGUGACGAGGACGAUUAGUACAUCUUGUUCAUUUGUAUUGUAUGCUAUGUUAUGCUGAGUGUGCUUGUUCUGUAUCAUGAGUUUUGAUAUUC